UGCCGCCGCCAUGCCCGUCAAAGGAGGCACCAAGUGCAUCAAGUACCUGCUCUUCGGCUUCAACUUCAUCUUCUGGCUUGCAGGGACAGCAGUUCUUGCAAUUGGACUAUGGCUUCGGUUUGAUUCGCAGACCAAAAGCAUCUUUGAACUGGAAUCCAACAACACAACGUUUUACACGGGAGUUUACAUCCUAAUUGGAGCUGGUGCACUUAUGAUGCUGGUUGGUUUCUUGGGAUGCUGUGGUGCAUUGCAGGAAUCUCAAUGUAUGCUUGGCCUGUUCUUCCUCUUCCUUUUCGUGAUUUUUGCCCUCGAAAUUGCUGCUGCGAUCUGGGGAUUUGCAAAUAAAGAAAAGGUUAUUGAGGAGUUAAAGGACUUCUACAUGGAAACCUAUGGAAAGAGAUCGCAAGCAGCUGCCAGAGAGACCCUGAAAGCAUUUCAGUUAGCUCUGGACUGCUGUGGUCUUACAGGAGCUCUUGAGCAGCAGUUCAUGGACACCUGUCCAAAGAAGACCAUGGUCGAGUCACUUCUUAUCUCUUUUCAGUCGUGCCCUGCUGCCAUUGAUGAUGUCUUCAAUUCGAAAUUGAAUGUGAUUGGAGCAGUUGGCCUUGGCAUUGCUGUAAUAAUGAUUUUCGGCAUGAUAUUCAGUAUGGUUCUCUGCUGUGCUAUCCGCAGAAACAGAGAAAUGGUCUAAGAGCUCAAAACCCAAGACUGCUGCACUAUAAAAUCCUUGUCAUUAACUUUAGCGUUCUGAAAGCAUUUCUAAAAAGUUAUAUAUUUGUUACCUUUUUAAUGCUUUACUUGGUACUGAUUUGCUUUUUAUGUUAUAGGUUAAAAUGAUAAAGGUAUAUCUGACUCACGACAAAUAUUGUACAUAAAAUAUCUGACUUUCUUGAAACUUAUGUAAUUUGGAUGUAAUUUAUGUUGGAGACAAUUUGAUACUUAAUAAAGAGUAAGAUGUAUUGUAUGUGGGG